AUGCCGGAAACGUAUUAUGAUAUUCUCGGCGUCGAUCGCAAUGUGGAGCAAGGAGCCAUUCGCAAGGCUUACCUAAAAUUAUCCCUCAAGCAUCACCCUGAUAAAAACCCUGACAAUCAGGAAGAAGCCAAGGCCAAAUUCAUUCAGAUUGGGACUGCUUAUGAAACCCUCAGCGAUCCUACCAAACGAGCGGCGUAUGACCGUGCGCUAAAAUUUGGUGGUGGUGUGCCAAGCUCCUCUGGUGCUGCUGCUGCUGCUGCUGGUAGUGGAGCUUCCUUUGCGGAUUCCGAAGCCUACGACAAGUUUUCCGACUUUUUCGAUUCGACCGUAGCAGGCAUGUCCGAGUCGGAGCUGGCAGCCGCCAUGAUGGGAGUAUCCAUGGUGGGAAGUAUAGUUGGAUCCAUGGUUGGAAGUCGGAUACUGGGUGGCAAAAAGGGAGGUUCUGGAAUGUUGGGCGCGGCAGGAAGUAUGGUGGGCAGUAUGGUGGCAAGUGAAAUGGCUGCCUCGUCGGUCCGGGCAAUCCAUCAAAAGUCGAUUGAGCGAAUUCAAUACAAGGAAGCAUGUAGGCAGGCGGUGCAACGAGGUGAUCCCAUGCCGGAUCCACCAGCGAAGAACCACUGGGAUGAUAUACUGGAAAAGACUUUGGGGCUUGUCAAGGGUGUGGCGAGUGCUGCCAUGGAAGGAAAAAACAACAACAACAACAAUUCCAAUGGUACCAACACCAAAAACAACAACAACACCAACAAGAGUACCAAUGGCAAUACGAAAUCUAAUAAUGCAGGCAGUGAUGCUAGAUCAUCACAAGGGAAUGGAAAUGGAAAUGGUGGCGGUGGACUGGCUGGAAAUGUGUGGAAGGCUGCAGCAGCUGGUGUCAUGCACAUGAAACAGGCUCAAGCGAAAGCCAAUGCAGCCGGUGGUGGCCAACCGAAGAAUUCAAAUGCAAAUACAAAGACUAAUAAUAAUAGUGGCCACCGGUAA